AUGUUGUCUCGUCUAGAUAUUCAACAUACCCCAGAUACGGAGUCAUCCGAAGAUAAGAACGAUAGUGAAAGAAAACCUGAGUUGUUAAUAAAAGUACCCAACUAUAAAUACGAUACCCCCAAAUAUACUAGAGAAAGAGAUGAUAUGGAAAUAGAUGGAUCGUCACCAUCGUCAUUGAAUUUUGAACACAUAACUCAACUCCCCACACCAAUUAUCAAUAGUGGGUCGUUUGGAUCGUUCAAUCUGGUAGGACUGCCUCAGCUGCCACCAUUAGAAAUACUGAAAAUAAGGAACAAGCCCAUGAUAUCCAAGUUCAAUAAUAGAGCUAUCUCAGAAUAUAGGCCGAUAGAUGGGAAAGUAAUCCAGCCAAUUUAUGAAAAACGUAUCACAUCCAAUCCUUUAGUUGGAGAUAUAGUUGAAGAUGACGAUAUGGCAACUGAUGAAAUAUCGAAAUAUAGUUCAAGUGUGUUUUCAUCGAAAUUUGGUAAUUUCAAGUUCAUAAAAUUAUUAGGAACUGGGAAUUUUUCAACUGUUGUUAUGGUUGAAGGUCCAGCUAAAGCAAAAAUGGCAGUCAAAAUCAUUUCCAUACCUUUAAAAAGGAAAUCUGAGAUAAGAAACCAUAAAUACUUUAUUAAAAGAGAACUCAAUAUUUUAUAUCAAGUAGAACACCCCAGUAUUGUUAAAUUGCUCGACUAUAGUAUAAAUUUAUCUAUCCCCAAAGGAGAAAUUGAACAUGGAAUUGUUGAAAGUGAAAGUGAAUUGGAAGAUAAUGACGAAAAAGAUAUUUCAGCAGAUGUUGAAGCUUUAAGUAUUGAUAAUAAUCAAUUGAUUUAUCUUAAUUACUGUAAGGGAGGGAAUUUGUUUGAAUUUUCUCUGACCAAUUACAAAAAGUAUAAUCGUUUACCUCAAUAUUGGAAAGUUAUAAAUCAGUUUGUUAUAGAAUUGAUAGAUGCUGUUCGCUACUUACAUGAGAAUUAUAUCAUUCACAGAGAUAUUAAAUUAGAAAAUGUAUUAUUAAACCAUACAAUUGAAGAAUUGUUGAUAAGUGAUGUUCAACCUAAGAAUUUAAGUCCAUUAAUUUGUUUAACAGAUUUUGGCUUAGCUAAAAAGCUUCAUCGAAGUCAUCAAUUACUUUCAACAAGAUGUGGAUCUACUGAUUAUAUUGCACCUGAAAUUCUUAUGGGACUCAAAUAUAAUGGGAAAUUAACUGAUCUGUGGUCAGUAGGGGUAUUAAUUUAUUGUUUAAUAGAAGAUAGAUUACCUUUUGAUUUACCUAAUUAUAGUUAUUUAAUGAAUUCAGGUAUAAGUCCCAGUGUAAUCAAAAGAAAAAUGUCUAAAAACACUCCAGCUCAUAGAAUUGCUAUGAUAGAUUGGGAUUGGUAUGUCAUCAAUGAUUUACAGGAGAAAUUAGAUGAUACUUCCUUAACUAUAGUUAAUAAUUUGAAAAAAAUUGUUCAACUUUUAAUUGUUCGUAAAGAUAAUAGAAUUACCAUGGAACAACUUGUUGAACGUCAAGAAUUUAGAGACAUUGUAAAUAUGUAA